AUGCCGCACCCCCCGCCCCUCCAGCGGGAGAGGGACGGCUGGGGAGAUCUCUGGAGGCGGCGGCAAGAAGAGAGGGGAGAAGAGGAGGAAGAAAGGGAAGAAGGGGAGGGACCGCAGCCGAGUUCCCGCGUCCCCGCCCCGGAGCCCCCCGUCCAGGAGGAGUGGAGGGGAGGACUGCGGGGGCAUCUGCACCGACAGGUCUCCGCGGCAACGAUGAGUCGACUAGACCUCAGUUCCAUGGAGAUGGAAGGCACAGAGUGGAGUUGGUUUUGUCAAGAUGUAUUACCAACCAUGGCAAAUCUGGAGUUUUUAAAGUUGGCACAAGUGGGUCUCACGGAUAAACGACUGACUGAACUUUUACGAGAAUGUCAAUCGAAUCAAAUGCGACGUGGUUCUCAUUCUUCUUCUUUAAGACGAUUAACGGUGCCUGUUGUGUCACGUUCUAGCAAUUCUGUUUCUACUGUUUCUCCCUCAGUUCCUAUUACGACUUCACCUGCUUGUGGUGUAAAAGGGUCAACACCAAAAUCGGCAAGUGACGUUUCCGGUGUGGUGGGAAGUGGAAAGAUGGCAGUGAAUAUGUUAAAUAUAAAGAAUAGACAAACACUGCGUAGAUUAAAAGUUUUAGAUCUUAGUAAAAAUCGUCUCACAUACCGUAGUGCAACGCUUUUGGGAAAACUACUUCUAUGGGCGUCUGAUACCCUUGAUGAAUUACACUUGCAGGGAAAUUCUCUUAAAGAUUAUGGAUUUCAAAAUUUGGGUAUUUAUCUUUCUAAAUUACAAAUGGAAGUAUUGAAUAAAGAGAGUUACCUUUUUCCACCAUCAUUGGUUCAACAAUAUAUAAAUCUCACUAGGAAAGAUAAGCGCAAUAUUAAUGACGCACGUUCACAACAUGUUAUGGAUAAGGAUUCUUCUUCUGCUAUAAUACCUGAAGGACAUAAAAGUAGAGCAGUUGAAGAAAUAUCCAUUCAGUAUAAGAGUCAAGAGAUUCAUUUAGGAAUUUCUUUUUUAGAUUUACGUGAUUGUCAUGGUUCAGCGCGUGGGAUUUCAGAAUUACUUGCUGGAGCAAGUUGUGCUUAUCGAUUGAAAACUCUUCUUUUAUCACGAAACUGUGCUAUUCCACCUUCACUUAUGUCCCCCAAACUAUUUUAUGUAGAUGAAGAGCCUUCUCCAAGAAAAAUAGACGUUAUAGGAGUAGAGGAGAAUUCUACAGAGCCAAUCCCAUUGAUUGGUACAGCUAAAUUUUCUAGUUUUAAGGAGUUUCAAUAUCCGUGUUCUUUGACUAAUGUAAACCUUUGUGGUGUACCAUUAUCUAGAUUAUGUACUCCAAUAGGUUGUCGUGAGCUAUUUCUUAAUUUAUUGUUUUGUUGCCCUAAAUUACUAAUAUUAGAUCUUUCGGAAAGCUUUGAUCGCCUUCAGGUUCCACCAUCUGUACUUCUGCAGGUUGUAUUAGAAGGAGGAGAUUUACAAAAUGAUUCACGUAUUCGUUGGCGACUACAACAAGAGAUGCAAGGAGAGGUAGAAUUUGCUUUGGAAACUGUUAUGUUUGAUCAGCAAUCAUCUGUAGGAAACAUUAUCUGUGAACUGUUAGCACAUGCUGCAUUUAAUGCAUCCAGACGUUGUAAUAUGGCCCCAUCAGCAUUUUGUUAUUUACAAGAACUAUAUCUAAAUGAUACUGGUAUAAAUGAUAGAGGAGCCCAAGGAUUAGCAGUUGCUGUACGUUCUUCCGCAUCUACUGGUGUUCUUUCACACCUUAUAGUACUUAAUGUAUCUAAUAAUCUCUUAACAGUUUGGGGAUGUAUACAACUUAUUCAAGCCUUUGUUCUUGAUUGGUCUUCACCUCCUUCUGUACUCUCAGCCUUGGCACUACAAGGUAACGCAGGAAUUCACCAUGAGGAUAAGAAUGCCAUUACCAAACUUGGACACAUUGUGGAAGCUGCUGUAAGAAGAAGAAGAGAUGAGAGUAAUGUCAAAAUGUAUGGAAGUGAAAAACAACCACUUUUACCAUUAAGCAUUCACUUUGGGGCUUUUGAAGCUCCUACCUUUACAGUCGCCAGUAAUGAGACGACGGUGUUUACAGUUCCACCAAGAGAAAAAGAAUAUUCAUCACUACAGGAAAAUCAUGUAAAGAGUAAGGAAGAAAGAGACUUUUAUAAUGAGGAAAAUGAAAUAGAAGAAGAAGAAGAAGCAGAAGAAGAAGAAAAUACAUAUUUCCCUACGUUUCCUUUAACACAAGGAGGAACAAUGCCAUUUUUACAGAAUACUACAGGACCUUCAUUUGUUGAGGUUCCAGCAAGUGCAUCAUUUCAAUCACCAUUUACAAGAAAUAUACGUGAUAGACACUCAUCUGCUCCUUGUGAUGUUAGUUCUAUUCAUGCGAGGGAAACACCACAGCGGUUUCUUUCUUCUAUGCCGGCAACUCCAUCAUUCUUGCAGAACACAGGUGAUGCUCCGUUCUCUCCAGAACGAAUAAUACAAGGACAUCAUAAUCAACAUCAUCAACAACAAGAAGAAGAAGAAGUGAGGAGACGACGAUCCAAUAGUAGGAGACUCGUCUCACCUGAUCCGGAAGCUGAAAGUAGGAUUGGGAGUGAAAUUCUAGCGAGUUUCUCAACAGGGGAAGAAAGACAAGGAAGUACUACAUCUGUGAGUGUGAAAUCCGCUAAUUUUCCAUUUCUCUCACGUCCUGCCAGUGUUGUGCCGCCUGUUAAGAUCCCGGAAUGUGAGGAUCGAUGGGCAAUGGCGGUGGCUAGCGCACGGGCGCGUAGUCGCAGUGCGGAAGAGAAUACAAUAACUACAUCUAAACAUCAAGACCAGGAGAAAGAGAAGAAACAACUGGAACAUCAACAAGAACAACAACAACACGAACAAAGACGAGAAGAAGAAAAACGACAAAAUAUACAAUCAUCAUCAUCAUUAGAAUCUUUAACCUAUUUAAAUGAACAUAGAUCACCACGUUCAUCAGGGGCGUUUGAUUUUGGAUCUCUGUUUGCUUCCAUAGAUGCUAAAAAAACUCGCAGUAGUGAUUUACCAAAGGAGAACACGACAUUGCAAGACCAUCUUCAUCGGAGUCUCGAUAGUGAGAAAACAAAAUUGAUAUCUUCGGAUAAGGCAGACAAUUUAUUUCUACAUACGGCAAAGGGUACAGAGACAGGGAAAGUACUAGAGAAUAAUUCCUCACUACAACCUGAAAAUGGAGUUUUAAAGGCUAUUGAGACAUCGUUAGGAACAAAAAAUGAUGCGCCAGUUAGUGAAAUGAAAAACCAUACUACUGACCAGGAGGAACAAUUGGAAAAGUAUCCACUAAAAGAAUAUCCAAACGAGAUGGACAAACCUUUAAUAAAACCGAUCACUGAUGACAUUAACAAGAAUGAUAAUAAUGCUUCAGAUUUUAGUAUUACUGCGUCAAAGCAAGAAGAAAAUGAAAUUGAAAAGUAUUAUAUGCAAGAUUCAAAUAAGGAACAGGAACAGGAACAAGAACAUCAUCAGCCGGAUGAGAAAACAUAUGUUAGUGAUUCCAUUAGUGUUACUGUACGACGAACGCCGUGGAGCAAAUACAAAAGUAAGAGAUUAAAAGAAGAACUCUUGCGAGAAAAGAUAAGAAAACGGAAGAUGCGAUCUUUUGUAUUAACAUACUAUCACCCAAAGGGACAUGUACUUUGUCGUGGAUGGCAGUUAAUUCACCGUAAUGAUCCCGUCGGUAUGGAUGCACGUGCCUGUCUUGAGCGGGAUGUUUGGACUCUCUUGCAGCCAUCAGUGGAGGAGCGAGAGCGAGUUGAGGUGAGUGAAGUCUCGUUGAUAUUAUCACCUCCUCCAUCAGGGAAUUACAUAGAUGAGGAAACCAAGGAAAAUGAUGACGAGAACAGUACUACUUCUACUACUACUAUGAAUACUACUACUAAUGAUAAUAGUUUUAGUAGUAGUUGUACUAGUACAAACAAUGUUGACUAUGGGGCAACAAGGCUGCAGAUUACCACGAAUGAGCGCCGAUCGGUGUUAGCCGAUCGACUGCAGUUAAUAGCAAAUGUUAACAAUGGUUAUAUUGCAUUCCCACUCUUUACAGCUGCUCUGCAACGUGCUGCUGAUGAUGUGGUUGAAAUUGUUCGAGCUCUUGUUACUUCCGCAUGGGAUGUACUACCAGAUGUCUAUAAGAAGAAAACACCAGAGGCAUUAGUACAUUCACGACACGGCCAUGAAGAAGAACUAGUAAAAGAACUAGGGAAUUAUCUUGAUACUUCUCUUAAAAAGGCAGCAGAGAUGCAACUUCUCAAUCAGGUAUUGGAAGAAAAAGAAGAAAAAACUGAAGAAAAAGAAGAGAGCUAUGAUAAGGAAUCUGAGGCGGAAAAAGUACCUAUAGAAGCUGUUGAGAUGGAUGCACCAAAAAUAGGAGUUAACAUUGCCACAUCUAGUUCUUCUGGUAUUGAUAAAAGUGAUUUCAUUGUCCCUUUGAAUGUAGAUAAGCUUGAGCAACAGAAUGAGAAAGUAGAGAAGGAAGAGCCGCAGCAGAUAGAAAAGACUGUAGAUGAAGAACAUCAUGAUCAUCAUCAAGAAGUUGAUAAAGUUGAUAAUAAAGAAAUACAUGAAGAGGAGGAAGAAGAUAAAGUUGAAAAUUCAAAUAUUCCUGACUCUGUUCCCUUAAAUGAUGUUCACACAGUAACACAGGUUCCUUCAUUAACACCAGAUAAUGCCCCAAUAAGAGUUUCCGAAUCAAAUGUAGUGAUGGAUAACCCCUUGGUACAACCUGUACAACCUUCCACUGCUAAUGCUGUUGAGGGAAUAGAAGAAGAAGAAGUUGGUCCAAUAUCCAGACGUUUAACAAGUAGAAUGAAGACUUUUAUUUUUUCUUUUCCUCAUCGUGAAGGUCAUGUUAUUUGUCGUGGUUGGCGUAUACUUCACCGUGAUGACUCCCUUGGUGAAGAGGCAAGAAAACGAUUAGAGGAUGAUUUACUUUCCUUUUUACGUUUACCUUCAUUGGAGAAGGCAGGGAAUACCAGUGUCGAUGACAGCAAUUGUACGAAUAAUAAUAAUAAUAAUAAUAAUAAUAAUAAUAAUAAUAAUAAUAAUAAUAAUAAUAAUAAUAAUAGAGGAGAUGCGGGAAUGUAUACUGUUGACCUUGUUUCUCUAAUUUGGGAACCAACAUCAUCAACAAUGCAGCUUCGUGUAUUGACGAAUGGACGACGAGCGACAAUAUCUGAGCGAUUACAAAUUAUAAUGAGUGAUGAUCUUGAGGCACUACCGAAAUUUACAGAGUUACUACGAUCUAAUGUAUUAUAUGAUACUGUUCAUGCGGUACAACUGUAUUUGCAGCAGAAUGCACCUGAAGAAUUAUUGGCACGUGUGGCUAAUCGCUAUCGUACAUUGAGUACACUUGUACAUUAUUAUCAUAGUGAUGAAGCUGCGAUGCUGCGGGAGAUUGGGGCAUCCAGUAUAUCAGAUAUAGAGACGGUUGUUAACCCCACCCCUGACAAAAUGAAACCGAGAGAGGGGAAUAAUAAUAACAAUAAUGAUAGUAAUAGUGAUGAUAAUAGUGUUGUUGUCAAAAAUGUAUUCCCAGAUGGAGAAGAAGAAGAAAAAGAAAGCGAAGCGGAAAAGGAUAUAUCAAAAGUAGAAGAAGAAAGAGAAGAAGAGAAAAAUAAAGAAAAGGAAACAAAUGUAGAAGUGAUAGAUGAGAAAGAUAUGGUACCAGAAACACCACCAUCAUUACAGCCUGCAGAGAAGACACCGACGAAUGAUGCCACAGCAGGAACAAAAGAAAAGGAAGAUGAUAAUAAUAAAGAUAAUAAAGAAAAAGAAAAAGAAGUGGAGGCACUUAAGAGAAUACCUACUCCGAACUCUUCAUUGAGUUAUCGUGUCUCUGGAGGGAGUGAAAAAGGUAUAUAUCGGGCUCCUAGCACAUCUGUUUCUUAUAGAGAAGGCAGUAGCUGUAGCAAGAGCAACACGAAUAAUAAUAAUAUUAAUAGUAGUAAUAAUAAUAAUAAUAACAACGACGACAAGGAGGACAACAACAACAAUAGUAAUAACAGCAAAAAGAUCAACACGAAUAAGAAGCAUGACAAAAUAAGUAGUAAACAUUCUACUCAUGAUGUUGGGGUUUAUACAGAGAAACUUCGUCGACUACAGUUUCUGGCUUAUAGUGCAGUAGCCCAUGGUGCAAUUCUUCUAGAUAAACAACAACGAAAUAAAGUUAGAAUCUGCAAAGGAAAAUGGGGAAGACAACCUGUUACCAUAAGUAUAGAAUGGGAUGUAUUUCUUGUAGUGUGGUUUGUAAAAAAAACAAACUUUGGCAUUUCCACACGAAAAAUGCUCGUAUUAGUACACCCUAUUGUUUGUGGUGUACGGUGUUCAAUAGAGGAUGAACACACCGCGGGGGGUCAAGCACAUGUUGUGCAUAUCUGUGUAGAGCGUAGUUACUCACCGGAGGAGUUGGGGGUCUCCACACCGGAGAUGGAAAAAAGAAUACAAGAAUCUUUAUCCGCUUCUUCUAGUAGAAAUGAAUUAUUAUCUCGUAUAGGAGAUGAAUCUUCACAGCAACAGGAACAACGAAACCAUCAUCCAUCAAUUCAAGGACUCAAUAGUAAUACCAGUAUGGAAAGUACCAUAUCAUCUGUGGAAACUUUAAAUUCAUUCGCAACAGUGCCAAGUAAAGAUCAGUUAUUACAACGUGUGAUUUCUAUUCAAGUAACGUUAAGUAGCGCUUCAAAAGCACGUGAAGCCGUUAAUGCUAUUCGUAAUGCGGAGAAACGUGCUGCUGAGAUGAUUCGACAGACUAUUCAAGAGAAGAAUAAUGAAAAGGUACAUCGUACACUUCCUACCCCUCCAGAGAAAACAUAA